AUGGCGGAUGUUUACCAAGAAGUAGUGGACAAAUUAUGUCGAAUCUAUGCAGAUGAUAGUGAAAAAUGUGCAGAAAUAAUGAACAUUCUUGCAAUUGACGAUGCGAUUUGUGGUGGCCGUGUCAAUUCUGGAAUGUGGAAGAUGCUGAAAAGCCUCGUCGCCUUUGAUGAACCAUUCAAGCGCUAUUCCGAAAAACUUGUUCUAUCAGUUGAUAAAAUGCCUUCUAGACCUGUAACCCCGAUGUCCCGAGUUUCAAGUGAACGUUCAACUAGCCCGUAUCAUCCUGAAUUACCACAUGACCCUGCCCCUUCGGCAAAAUGUUUCAAGAAAUGGAUGUUUUAUUUGAACGAGCAGACAAAAUCGACAACUAUAUGUGUUCAUCCGAAAUUCUUUGUCACGUUCCGACACGGGACACAUAGUCACUUCAACAUUGGCGAUAGUUUGAAAAUAUAUCCUGUCGAAGAAGAGAACGGAUCAGGAUUCGGAGUUGAUGUACGCGUAGCCAAUAUCUACGAAGCUUAUGAUUUCAUCUUACUUAAAAGCGAGUUCAAUGUCGUUGAUCGAGGACCCACAAUCGCACGAGCUCAAGAAUCAGAACCAUUUACAUUAGUCGGAUUCGGAAACGACAUAGGAUGUCUGUCGUAUUUGCCAGGGUCGAUCCAUUCCAAUCGUGGUCAUUAUUUCCAAGGAGAGGUGCAAUUAAUGGGACCUUUUAUUCUGGGAACAAGUCGAAGGUCGUGUGGUGACUUCAAAAAGUGGAAAAAUAACUCUCCUUUUUCAAAAUAUGAGUAUAAUAUGAGUAAGUUAUGA